AUGUUGUCGGAGCUACAAGUGAUACAGGCCUUGGGAAGUUCUAAUAGGAUCACAGAACAAUUUUGGCAGCAAUGGCAACAGCAGUACUUGACGUCUCUACGAGAGAAGCACCUGCGAGAUGUGACAACUAAGCGCGGAUCGCGUAUUCCUCCGAAAGAGGGACAAGUAGUGUUGAUCUGUGACGCACUACAAUCUCGAUACACAUGGAAAAUGGGUCGUGUGGAUGGACUCAUAAGAAACAAUGAAGGUACGGUUAGAGAGGCAUCGGUGCUACUACCUUCCCGUAGGAGGAUCAGGAGACCACCAAAUCUGUUGGUACUUCUAGAGCUCGACGACGUGGAAACGAAUGAGGGUCCGGAGCCGACGUUACUCCAGCAAACUCCCGGAAUUUCGUCGGAAACUACACAGGAAACCAUGGCAGGCAAUCUACCAAUAGGAACGGAAUCGUCACGUUAUAACCUUCGUCAGACGAGAAGGCUGGAUUACAGCAAAUUGACGUGCAAUCUGGACACUGUGUCAGUUAUGUCGGUAACAUCUGCAGCCGUGGCUUCAGUAGGAAGUACCACGGCAGGAGUACUUCAAAGUACAUCUCAGAAUGGAGGCAUACAGAGCCGUAAAUUCUCAUCUUCAGACGUCAUAAUUUCACUCAAUAUCAGACAAUGUAUCGGCAUUCUUCAUGGACAGAGGAGGUUCGGUCAGUUAUUACGAAAUGGCACAUAUUCAACUGGAGGAACUGGAGGACGUACUCCGCAACCUUCUGGAGCAAUUAGUGCGUCUAUCGCGACCGAAUCGGAACAGGGUCCCAAUCAAGGCGGACCGGAGUGA